UAAACUUUCCGGAUACGGGUAUGCCUCAUAGGCUGGUUCCAGUGGGCGCAAACACCAGCCUGCACGGCGCCACAGAACUUAUUGUGGCUCUUGGGCAGAGUGCCACUGAAUGGCACGGCGAUAUAGUGCUUGGAAGAGACUAACGCAAGUGAACCGAAUAGUUCUCCUGUGUAUUAGGGUAACAAGGUCAUUACUCUCCAAAGCAAGCCACACUGCCAGCACCCAAGAACCGAAAGGAGGUUUAAAUUCCUAUCUCAAAGGCAAAUCGUUUCGAAUAUUUUCUUGUUCGAGUUAUUGGUCGACGCAUUUAUGUAUUAGAAGGCGGGAGGAUAUCCGGGACAUCGAUUUUAAAGUGUCACAAGGGCGUGCGCCUUGCUUUUUUCAGAACGAGGUCAUUUCUGCUGGGCCUACCUUGCCUCAGUUAUGUUGUUCACCCCGCCUGGUUCAGCAAAACAAAUAGAAAUGUGUCAAACCAUGUCAACGUCACGAAUAUGCACUAGUAAUGUUUGUGGGGGAAAGGUACGUUACGCGCUUACAAGGUUGCCGCGGGAGCGC